AAUCAUCGUCAUGUUCAGUGCUCCUUGUUUUAAAAUGAUACUGUAUUACCACGAGCUCAUUUGACUGAUGGUCCUUUGUGUUUUAUCAAAAUAAGACAUUGAUAUUAAAAUGUAUUGUAUUUGCAAACAUUUGCUUUUACUUUGGAAAACUACUAAUGGUUGAUGAGUACAUCACCCCCUCAUGUGAUCUUGCCUCAUUGCUGCUGUUGUUUAAAAUCACUCAACAAUCCCAAAUAGUCCAAAACAAUUGUUUAAUAUACAGUGAUCAGGGACUUUCAAAUUCACUUUAAUUCAAAAUAUUUUUUUAUAUCAGAUUACCUGAUUAAUUGAUGGGAUAACAGUCAGGAUAAUCAAUUAAAAAAAUAUAGUGUCAGCUAUAUAAGAUUGUCAGAAAAAAUGAUCACUUUUCACGUUUACAAAAAAGGCGGAAUAGAGAAAAAUGUAAAAUAUCUCAAGAAAAGCAAAACACAGCAACUGUACAACCGCCUUUUGGUUUAUUUAGUUACGUAAUGCACCGAAGAAUGCCGAGUCCUUCGAGUGGAUCUAGUUUCUGUCUUUCUAUACUCAAAAGCAACGCGGGUGUUCGGCGCAUGCGCAAAUUCUAAAACGCGAUUUGCACAAGGGGCCAGCAUCAAGAUGGCGGGAGCCUCCGACCCGCUGGAGGACAUGCUCUUCAAUGAAGUAGACGAGAAGGCAGUCAGCGACUUAGUUGGCUCUCUCGAAUCGCAACUGGGGGAGGCCGAAGGCCCUGCCGCGUCCUAUUCCGCCGGCAAACGCGAGGGAGCCCAGGCCGUCGCCACUCACUUCUCAGGGAAAGUGCGCGAGCAAGAGCCGCAACAAGGACACCCAGGGGCGGCUUUAAAGCUCCAGCCUCCCGCCGCUCAGCUUCUCCCCUCAUACUCUUCUACCUCCAGCGGCGGGAGCGCGGCUCCAGUCGGUGGCGGCGCCGGCCCCGAGACGUUCGGUCCGGCUGCUUCGAGCUCGCCCGUCCGCGCGCCGGCAGUUCAAACUUUGAGUGCUCAGCCCGCCGCUGCCGUUAGCUUCCAGCGGGCUGCCGAAACCAGCGGCAGGACGGCGUCGCCCGGCUUGCAAAGUUUGAACGGUACCGCGGGAGCUGUCAAGUUGCUCGGCUCCGCCGCCUCGACAACGACGACGACAACCACAACAACAACGACGGGGGCGACGGCGGCGGCGGCGACAACGACGAUGGUGGUGACAUCAGCGACGGCGAAUAGCCCCCUUUCGGUCAUGGCCGCCCCGGUCAACUUCCUUCCCGGAACCCAGUCCGCGGCUCCCCCCGCCCCCCAGCACAGACUCCCCAGCGCGGCUCAGAACGGCGUGGAGUCCAAAGGGGGUUCUGUGGUACCCCCGGGGGCUCCCUCGCCGUCUCAGGUGGUGAACCACAGCAAGAUCCUGGUUCCGGGUCAGCCCACAUCUGGGAACUCGGUCAUCCUGACUAGCACCCCGCCGCCCCCCGCUACAGCCUGCUCGCCCGUCGCACAGCCCCUCGUUCCACCAGCGGUCAAGCCGGCCGUCAACGGGCUAGGCCAGGCCGCAGUAAGACCAGCUGGCGCCGUCCACCUCCAGAGAGCCGGGACGCCGACCGGGACCGUCCGUCCGGCCGCCCCUCACCCCCUGUUGGCCGUCCGGCCUCAGCAGCAGGCAACCAUCCAGCUGCCCCCCGGGUUCACCAUGCCGGCAGGUAUGGUUCUGGUCCGCAUCGAGACGGGUCAGUUGGUGAUGGUGCCGCAGCAGGUCCUGGCCCAAGCGCAAGCCAAGACGCAGCAGAGCCCCGGCCUGACCGCCGUCCCGCAGAGACCCGCUGGGCCCACCGCGCCCGCUGCCAUCCGGGUCAGCACCGCCGCUCCGACUCCCGUUUCACCUCAAAACAUCCGUCUGGCGACCCCCCCUCACACCAGGCUUCAGUCUCCCGCCUCCUCUUCAUCGCCAUCCUCAUCCUCCUCGGUGCAGGCCAUCACGGUGACCUCCGGUACCGCCGGUGUCUCGGUGAAGAUGGCCCCGCCCCCGAAGGCGCAGCCGUCAUCGGCGGCGGAGGUCACGACUGCCACACCCACAGCGGCGGCCGCCGCCGCCGUCGUCAAGCCGUUAGCGGCGGCGGCGCCCGGUACCGCUGCGGCACCCGGCGGCAGCAGAGUGACGCUGGUGUCACAGGAAAUGCAGGAAAACGUGAAGAAGUGUAAGAACUUCCUGGCCACGCUCAUCAAGCUAGCGUCGAACAACUCGCCUUCGCCGGACACUUCCAAGAACGUUAAAGGGCUCGUCCAGGACCUCCUCGAUGCAAAGAUUGAGCCCGAGGAGUUCACGAGUCGUCUGCAGGCGGAGCUGAAAUCAUCCCCGCAACCGUACCUCAUCCCCUUCCUCAAGAAAAGUCUUCCCGCCUUGCGUCAGUCACUUCUCAGCAGCCAGCAGUCGCUGACCACGCCCCCCACCUCCAGCUAUGCCCCGCCCAUGAACGCCGCCAUCCGACCGCGCUUGCCUGUCGGAACGCCCGGCGUCCGGAUGAACGCGCCGCUCGCCACCGCGACCGUGGCAAUGGGUCGCGGCACCAUGCAGACAGUUCGUGCGCCCCUAGUGGUAGGUGUGAGAACUCCAGGCGCUCUGAUGCGAGGACCCGCCGCCAUGGUCGCUAAGAGUGUGGUCACCUUGGCGGCGCCAGCCAAUCAGAAGAAAUUGGGAGACCCGGGGGGCGGUACUUUCAGAGACGACGACGACAUCAACGACGUGGCCUCCAUGGCCGGCGUCAACCUGAGCGAGGAGAACGCCCGCAUCCUGGCCACCAGCUCCGAACUGGUGGGCACCAAGAUCCGUUCGUGCAAGGACGAGGCCUUCCUGCCCGCCGGCCUGCUGCACCGACGCAUUUUGGACACAGCUCGCAGGCUCGGCGUGAGCGAGGUGCCCCUGGAGGUGGUCAACUUGGUGUCGCACGCCACGCAGUCCAGACUACGCUCGUUGCUGGAGAAAGUCACGGCUCUGGCUCAGCACCGAUCGGACGCAGUCAAGGACGAAGAGCAUCACGAGCAGACGAGCGACGUUCGCUCCCAGCUACGCUUUUUUGAGCAACUGGAGCGUCUGGAGAAGCAGAGGAAGGACGAGCAAGAGAGGGAGAUCCUGCUCAAGGCCGCCAAGAGUCGAGCCAGGCAAGAGGAUCCCGAGCAGGCCCGUCUCAAGCAGAAGGCCAAAGAGAUGCAGCAGCAGGAGUUGGCUCAGAUGCGCCAACGCGACGCCAACCUGACGGCGCUCGCCGCCAUCGGGCCCAGGAAAAAACGCAAAAUGGACUCGCCGGGCGGUGGCGGCGCCGCUGCCGAGGUGUCGUCCGGGUCGUCGGCGGCGGCGGCGUCCGCGUCGUCUUUGUCGUCGCCGCGGCAACCUUGGCGUCAGCGCAUCACCAGAGUCAACCUCAGGGACUUGAUUGUGUGUCUGGAACAGGACGGCAGCACCGCACGCUCGCUAAUGCUCUACAAGGCACUGCUCAAGUGAGGACGCACCCCCCCGGGACCGCUCCCUCACAUUCUAGGAGUCGAGGUGGACCCGCGCCCCCGGACGCCCGCAAAGUCCACCCCCACCUCCCCCCCCGCCCCCCUUCCCUCCCAAGAUCAUCCCGCUGACGUGUGCCUUCCCCCGUCGCCACAGCAACACUUCCCCGUAGUAUCACGUGACCACAUGCGGGGGCGGGUCAGAUGGCGGCCGUAAGCGUUAGCGGCUUAGCGUCGGAGCUAACAAGCGACGGCCCAUCUGUAAAAGGGGUCUUGGGCUAAAUGCUAGGUUUCAGAACACGAAAAUGGGGUUCUGCCCCCACACACACACCAGAAUCUAACCCAUCAGAGGCUGAUCGACAUCAUGACUUGACCAUCGAUGACACGCUAGCAGUGGCGGGAACUCUUCCCGUGGAACACUCAAGCUAGCCGAGCGCUUCGCUACCAUGCUAAAGUACGGCGGACGCGCGGCGAUUGUUCCAAGUCGAGCGGGUCGGCGAAGAAGCAGAAAGAGGCGCUGCCCCGGAGCCGCUUUGUUCUGGCCCUCCUGCGCGGGGGCCACAGCAGCACACUUUCUUUCCACUUUGAUCUUGUAGUGAGAAAUGCAGUUUUUCUUCACUUUUUAAGACUUUUUGCAGAUUUUUAAUGUUUUCUUUCUUUCGGUUCUUGUGACGAGCGCCUCGGUGGGUCGGUCGGUGCCAACCUUUACGAUUAUUUAUAUUUCCUACAUUCUCUACUCAACCGUGGACUUUUACACCUGUUUGUACCUUUACUCAAAUGAAAUAAAGACCUUUGGAAAGUG